GCCCGCCAUCCAAACUUACAACUACCCGCCAAUACGAAAUCACAUUCUCUCCUCUCUCUCUCUCUCUCUCUCUCUCUGCUAUUAAUGAAAAGUUCUCAGUCCGUAUACGGUUGCCGGAACGCACGGUCCAGCGCACGGUCAACGCACGACCGCUUCUAUUACUCACCGAGCUCCUCAUACUCUGAUGCCUCCACCGUCAGGAAGCGGAAUUCGCUGGCAGUCGCUGCAAAAUCGGUGGCCGGAUUGUUCGUGACCUGCUUUACACCACCCGAGACGAUCAACUCCGAGAAUUUCGGAGAAUCUGAAGAGUUCAAACCUCCCUCUGUCUUUUCCGAUGCAACGGGAUCGAGCAGAGACAGAAGACGAACUUCAGGUAUCUAUGGCAGUCCUCAGAAUUCAACUCAUGGAAGAGAGCCUGGGAGUGUAAAAUUCACCAUGGAAGAAAUCUACAAAGCUACAAGGAACUUUUCCCCAUCCUUCAAGAUUGGACAAGGUGGCUUUGGGACUGUAUACAAGGGGAGACUUCAAGAUGGAACCCUUGUUGCAAUCAAGCGUGCCAAGAAGAGUGUACACGAUAAACAUUUGGGUGUAGAAUUUAAGAGUGAGAUUCGGACGCUAGCACAAGUGGAGCACUUGAAUCUAGUAAAGUUCUAUGGGUUUUUGCAACAAGAAGAAGAAAGAAUUGUCGUCAUGGAGUACGUUCCUAAUGGAACGCUCAGAGAACACUUGGAUUGCGUGCAUGGAAACGUUCUUGAUCUUGCUGUGCGCCUAGAUAUUGCAAUUGAUGUGGCUCAUGCAGUCACCUAUCUACACACGUAUACAGAUCACCCGAUUAUUCACAGGGAUAUAAAGUCUUCCAACAUUCUGCUCACUGAAAAUUUUAGAGCCAAGGUAACUGAUUUCGGUUUUGCUAGAUUGGCAGCUGACACUGAUUCAGGUGCCACCCACGUCUCCACUCAAGUGAAAGGAACUGCUGGCUACUUGGAUCCAGAAUACCUGAAGACGUAUCAACUUACUGAGAAGAGUGAUGUCUAUUCAUUUGGUGUGUUACUCGUUGAACUAGUAACUGGUAGGCGGCCUAUUGAACCAAAAAGGGAACUCAAGGAGCGGCUAACUGCAAGAUGGGCCAUGAAGAAGUUUGCUGAGGAUGAUUCAAUUGCAAUCUUGGACCCAAGGCUGGAACGUACUGCAGUAACUAACUUGCUCAUUGAGAAGAUUCUUGAAUUAGCCUUACAGUGUUUGGCCCCAGGCAGACAAGGCCGGCCAGCCAUGAGGAAAUGUGCAGAGAUUCUAUGGGGUAUUCGUAAGGAAUGCAAAGAACUAUCAGCUUCGGAGUUCCGUUCACUUUCCUCAAAUUCAUGGAGCUCCUCAGUGAGGGAAGAAUAAGCGAACGGCUAAAUGAGAUCUAGAAUCCAAAUUGCAAAUUGUGAAUUUAAGCUUAACGGGCAGAAAUGAAAGCCAAAAGCCAGAUGCUUCUUAAGAGAUACAACUGAUUUGAUACUAGUUGUGGGGGUUCAGGACAGAAAGGAGCUAAAAAUUUUCCAUUCUGUACGCAACGAUGGCAGCUUUGAUAGGAUUCUACUAGUUGCAAGAUCAUAGAUGGGAAUAUGGUCAAGAAAUUGGGUUAUAUAUAGAAAUUUUAUUUUGAGUGGAGAAGUUCCUUGCUUCUACCUGAUUCUGUGUUCAUUAAAUAUUCAUCUUUGAUACUUUUUCCCGUCAUCUUGUACAGCAUCAAGUGAAAUGCGGCUUGCA